AGGUAUUGGUAUUCGCAUGUUUUAUUCUUGUAGUCGUACAGAAACAGGACGAGGAGGAAGAGGUGAAAUACUCUUUUUGUCCAACACGACAUCCUCUUCCUCUACCAUCAAAUACGCUACUCGCUCUCGCACUCAGAUGAAAGUACAAAGACGUCAAGCAGCACGACCUCUAGCACAACGCGCCACGACUACCACGGGCGGAGGUCCCAUUCAUCUGGUCAAGGAUAUGAAGGAGUACCCCUACCCGAUGAAGCUCGAAUGAAGAAAAAGCUCAACCCGGCCAUCAUGUUCAAGAUUAUAAAGCUGCAGGAGACGUUCUGAUGAAGAAAAUCAUCUUCGACGAAUGAUCAGCCUGAGCGCAGCAUGAAACUCCUUCUUCUAAAUGACCAGCGACCACGAGCACGAAUCGAAUGAAGACGGUCGACAUCUAGUAGUUGUAUCACCUCGUCACUUCAACGUCGACGUCGUCUGCUCAUGAAGCUACAAACAGUUACAUGGCAUCCAUCCAAUGAAGCUUCCGAGUCAUCUGCCAGCCUCGUCUCCAGGUCCUGUCAUGGGGCUUCCUUCUAAAUGAAAAUAAUCCAAUUUGAUGAACUAACUUGGAAUGACCUUCCAGUACGAUGCCUUUGUUCCAAGGUGUUGAAUGACGUCAGGAUCACCCUAACUUCAACCUGAAC